AUGCCAUACACUCAUCACUCAGCACAAAACACCAAGGUAUUGGUGGAUUACCCUUGAUCGAAAACCACACGACACAAAUUCAAAUUGACAGAGAUAAUCAAGGUCAAAGUUCUUCACUUAACGAUAUCGGAAAAAAGGCACGAUCCAUCUUCAAACCUAGCCCACUACGAUGGCAUCUACGUAACCCACAACAGCACGAAAAUUAUUUUCGGAAGGGCUUUCGUGUCAGACCCCCCCAAGAACUAGCCCGGCAGCUGAACCAGCGAAGACAGCGGAACCAGUCCCUAGAUUACAUCGACAGCUCCCAAGGCACCAAUAUCCCUUGGUUUCGUUACUCCAUGCAACACAAGGGGUCGGACUGGACCAAAUAUCUAGAGAUUGUACACCAACUGUAGAUUCCGUUAAUACGUUAUGCGAAAGAAUCAAUCAUUUCUUUGUAAAUCUCACAAAAGAUUUUACGCCUCUCUCACAGGACGAUGUUUCUAACUAUUCUGCUGGUGAUUCUGGUAUUGCGGAUGAUCUCUUGGCUUCAACUGGCGAAGUUUAUAAAUCCCUUUGUUCUUUAAAGGCAGGGAAAGCCCCGGGACCGGAUGGAAUCCCGAAUGUAAUUCUAAAAACGUUUGCCUUUGAGUUAGCGCCAUUAAUCGCUGAUAUUUAUAACUCAUCCUUACGUAAUGCCUAUUUGCCUCCUCUAUUAAAGAGAGCAACUGUUACACCUCUUCCCAAACAAUCUCCACCGGGCUCCAUUGAAAAUGGUAUCAGACCCAUCUCACUCACUUGCGAAAUUGCUAAAGUGAUGGAAGGUCUCACUUUAGCGAGAAUCAUGCCAUCCAUUAUAAGUCACUUGGAUAACAAACAAUUUGCUGUGGCUGGAAAAUCUACGCAACAGGCUAUAGUAUAUAUUCUCCAUCUAGCCCUCGAGGCCCUUGACAAGGGUGGUUGCACCCUCCGAUAUUUCUUUGCUGAUUUCCGCAAGGGAUCCGAUCUGAUUGACCACAAGAUUCUACUUGAUAAACUAUCUAAACUUGGCACUCAUAACGUUGUGUUAGGAUGGAUCGCUGCCUUUUUAUAUAAAAGGUCUCAGUUCGUUCGUAUUGGGUCGGCUGCAUCUACACAUAUCAAUGGUGGUAUUCCACAAGGUACUAAGCUUGGCCCGAUCCUCUUUGCCGUAAUGGUGAAUGAACUUUUGUCUGCGUGGGGCCCCCGUGCAAGGUUCGUUGAUGAUCUUACCGCUUUGGAAAUUGUACCUAGAAAUUCCCCUUCCUUGAUGAAUCAUAUCGUGGCAGAUAUACACUCGUUUGCUGAAGUGAACAAUAUGAAGCUAAAUCCUGCCAAGUGUAAAGAUAUGAUUGUUAACUUUCUUCAUUUCAAUACUAGUGUUUUGCAACCUAUCAUCAUUGGUGCAACACGCGUGGAAUCUGUUUCAUCAUUUAAACUGCUCGGAGUGUAUGCUACCAGUGAUUUAACAUGGUCUGUGCAUUGCGAAUACAUUAUUAAGGAAUCCAAUAGGCGUUUAUAUGCGUUGAGGAAGCUUAAGAGGAGUGGGGUAGCCCCAACAGACAUCCUAUGUGUUUAUUGUGCAAUUAUAAGAUCAGUAUUGGAAUAUGCUUCUGUCGUUUUCGCCAACCUUCCUCAAAAUCUUAGCGACGAUCUUGAAAGGGUCCAGAAACGAGCACUGGCCAUAAUAUACCCUAACUGUUCCUAUGAUGAUGCCCUAAAACUAGCUGGUAUCGAACCACUUGUCUUACGGAGGGACGCCGCCUGUAAGAGAUUUGUGGAGACAAUCCUACCUGGAAACCCACUCUAUCCAAUUGUUCAUAGCCGGUCAGCACCAGUGAACCAUGGUUAUAAACAAUGUUGCGAGGAAUAUCAGGAUGCGAACAGACCGGUUUCAGAAAUUCGUUACCAUUAA